ACCUGAACACCGGCUAAUGUUUUUAUAGUCGUGUCGCUACACUGGGGACAGGGUAGACAAGAGGGUGGAGUCUGCCGCGAUAAAAUGUCCAUCAAUAAGCUUUGUUCGCUGAUCUAUAUACCUGUAUAACUUCCACUCCAUUCUACUGAGUGUUGUGGUGUUGCCUUGCAACCCAGCUACUGAAUAUCGAUACAGUCUGUACUAGUGACCUAAUUCUUGAUCAUUAUGAAGCUUAACUCGUGUGGAACACCCGAAGUGAAUAAUAGUAUUAGUACAGUCUUGCUUUGACGAAAUCAAACUGAACAACACCAAGAAGGUGCUCUCACCAAACCAAUGUGUAAAGACAUAUGGAACCAGUGUGGACACAUUGGAUGAAUUGUUGCAAAUGGCUGCAGUGCAUUUGAUUCAGUGAGAAACUGAAAAACUACUUUAACCAUUCGUAUAUACGUGCUAUAAAGCCUUUAUAGCCUGGAAUAUUUGGAAACAGUUCUGAAGAUGGAAGUGAAAUCUGGAGAUGGUGACAGUAUUAUUACGAACAGCAUUGUUAAGUCAAUACUGAGAUGCUGCGUUUGCACUAAGGUGUACUCGGACCCAAGGCUCCUGUCCUGUCUUCAUACUAUUUGUAAAUCAUGUGUCGCUGAUCUUGUCAAAUCCAGCGACGAUGACACGACCGUCAGGUGUCCAGUGUGUAGAAUGUCCUUAGUGCUGCCUGCAAGUGGAGUAGACGGAUUGCCUAAAAACCUCCACUCUGCGCGGUUAACAGAAAUGUUUCCUUGUAGAGAAGUAAGCAGAUCCUGUUCGGUAUGCCAGCUGAGUGGAAGAGCAGCCCAUUCAGUGCGCCAGUGUUUAGAUUGCCUCGACUUUCUCUGUAAGAAGUGCGCAAAGGGUCAUGUAUCGUCCAGCUUCACAGCUACACACAGAGUUGUCUCCCGCGAUGUUUUAUUGAGUGGGAAAUAUGACGUCGACAUAUUAAAAAGCCAGACGACAAUCUGUGGUGAACACAAUGAGGAAGUGCAGAUGUACUGUAAAUCCUGCAGAUGUUUAAUGUGCAUUCAGUGUGCAGUUACCCAACACUUGAAACACAACACGGCGGCCAUUAAUUCUGCCGCGGAUUCAGUAAAACAGGAUUUACAAAACAUCAUGAAAGAAAGUAGCGCCUGGAUAUGGACAUUAGAAAAAAAAUCAGACUAUUUGUUGUCCAAGGAAAAGACAAGACAACAUUCCGAAAAGCAGAAACUAAGCGAGGUAAACAAACAAGUAGACAAUAUUAUUUCAAAAAUUAAAAAAGAAGGGGAAAUUAUUGUCAAGCAAAUUAAUGAUCACUGUGCAAAACAAGUACAUGAAUAUUCAUUGGCAUCCAGUGCGCUUGAGUCACUGAUGACGUCAGCUAGAGACACAGUGUCACUGUGUGAUCACGUCAUCGCACGUGGUAGUGACGUAGACGUGCUCCUGUUGCACAACACUCUGGAAGGACGUGUGAAGAUUGUUGAUGAACUAGACAAACAUCUGCACUUAGACUCUAUGGGUACAAACGUCACACUAGAAAUACAAACACAAACUCCGGACUGGAAAUAUUUCACGCUGACAGACACAAGUGUUCCUGUUAUAAAAGACGAUAAAGUAUCCCGAAACGAAAGCGAAAAUGACAAGCUUCUCGACAGUGGUUCAUGGGACGUGCCUACGGCUAAAGAUCAUAAGAAGUUGGUAAAUGAUACAGCCUUUUGCGAGAAGAAACAUGAUUUCCAUUCGUUAAUUCCCCGUGAAUCUCAGUGUAUUCAGAGUUCUAGUAACAACCAUGUUACAGCAGUAUAUGCUCCUGAAGCCUUUUACAGAGAAAAAGAGGAGCAAACGAUUAUGCAAACGAUUAUGCAAACGAUUAUGCAAACUAUAAAAGACAACAGUUCUGACGUGUUUUUAUAUGUAGUGUUGGUGGUGUGGUUCUACCUUGCAACGCACGUGGAUAUUUUCACAGGGGAGGCAGAUCUGUAUAUAUUUGCUUGUGUUUGUCUGUGGGUGUGUGCAUGUGUUGUGGUUUGGGUGGUGGUGUGGAAACGUGUUUUCGAACCAUGCUGUCCUGAAGGUAAAGACUAGCUAUCUGGGCUGGCUAUUAUGACAGGUGUUAAUGAUUAGUGGUUAGUGAGAGAGAAGUGGAUGCAUGUAGUAGUUGUACAUCUACCUUACCAGCCUUACGGGCGAUAGCUGUCACCGCACUACCGAAACUGUUCAAACUUGUUUGACGAUAGUGUUACACCAUUUAUUCAACUAAAAAGAAAAGUACAUGAAGUACUACGACAUAUUGUUCACUAUUAUAGCCGUUUUUGAUCAUUUAGAUUAGAAGUACAUUGUGUACUAACAUUUUAUAAUUUACAAUAUAUAUUUUUCGUACAUAUGAUGUCGUUCUGGUCUUUCGGAUUUUUGUAACGCCCCAAAAUGCAUUUUUCAUAAUUCUAAAAACGCACGUUCAUCUAAAAAAAAAAAAAAUGGUUAUCGAGAAAAGCUCUAGUCUAUUUUGUACAGUAUUUCUCUCUUAUAACCUUAUCCAAAACCGACAAAACAAAUUCUAAGAGAUAUCGAAUGUGCUGUAUUCGCCACUCUCGAGGAAAACCGUGAGAAUAUUACUACCCCUGUACCACGUCGACGAUGACGAAGAGCAUAAAUAGAGACCACUUUCAAGGAGAUUUGUUCUUUGUUUGGUAGGUAUUAACGUGCGUAUAUCCCGAGGGUUCAAACACGCUUACUGUGGGCACAGCUCUGAUUAAAAGAUCCGUUACUGGACAAUAUAUCCUCCUUGCAUCAGGGGGCGGGACGUAGCCCAGUGGUACAGCGUUCGCUCGAUGUGCGGUCUGUGUGGGAUCGAUCCCUGCCAGUGGGCCCAUUUGGGCUAUUUCUCGUUCCAGCCAG